AUGCCGCAAAUGCCCAAUAACAAAUCCUCAUCCAUCAAUGAAAAACUGAUCAUCACCAUUCCCUUAGGCUAUACGUUUUUCAUCAAACCUUCUGAGACCAUUUUCGAAGCCUUGAUUCAGUCUGAUUGGCAGUCCAAGGGACCUGAGGCAGUCUCUACAAUUCCCACAAUUCAGAAUCAGUUGUUUCAGCAGUUAUCCCCAAAGGCUUUGAUAUUCGAUAAUCUUCCACCUCUCCGUCAAGUGGUUACUUCUGUCAACGAGAACUACGCUCAGUACGGAAUCAUAACCAUCUUAAAUGAGUUCAGAAUAUCAGAUUUGAAGUUGACCGCCUCCAUUAUUGGUAGCUGUUCUGUUCAGAAACAGAUUCACGAUAUCAGACUAAUGAUAUUGAAAUCCUUUAGUCCCAUUAUCAAGGUUAAUAUUGAUGUCAGUGCUUCCGGUAAACAUCGUCGUUGCUUUAAAAAUUCUGACAACUCAGAAAUAACCACCGAAUUUGCUGACUAUCUAAGAGAAGUAUCUCUUUUCACUGGAACUUCUAUUUAUGUCAUCAAAUCGGAUGAUGCUUCUUCCGGAAACUGUCAAAUCUCAAUCGUCGGUAGUAGAGAUCAGGUGAAGAGCUCAGAAAAUAAGAUCAGACUAAAAAUGGAUGAUCUAAACCCUCUACUGUUCUCUGACUUCUUAGAGUUAACUUCUCUAUCUCUAUUACCUCUUAUUUCCGGGCCAGAAUUGGCCAGCAUGAAGCGGAUUAUCCAGCAGACACAUUGCAGCAUAUAUCUUCCAAAUCUGCUACCAAAUUUAUAUUAUGCCAAACAGGAAACCAAUUCUCCACCAAGAAUUUAUAUCACGGGCCUUAGAGCUCUGGUGUUACAGGCCAAGAAUGCCAUUGCAGCAAUCAUUAGUAAAACUAGUACGAAUCCUUUUAUGAAGCAGCUUGCUGUCAUGCCUCUCAAAAGGGAAAUGCUAAUCCUCCAAAGAGCCAAGGAGAUAAAAUCAGGUGAGUCCUUAUCUGCUGAUAAUUCUUCUGCUUUCGAUCAGUUGAUGUACUCAACCGGAUGCUAUAUAGAGAUAUCACCAUUAGGAUACGGAAAGGAGAGCACAACAAGCGAUAUUGUGACUUUCCAGGGAAAUUCCAUUGAAGAUGUCGACUCUGCCAUCGAUCGUUUUGUCGAAAUGUUGUCUGGAUUGUAUUCUGCCAAAUCAGAAUUUAUCAUCAGCAACGACAUGCGUAACGGCGAGAAACAGAUGGAUAUCAACAGAUUUCUUAAUUUCUGUGAUACGCUUGCCUCUAAUUCCGAUGUUGCCGUAUCUUGCUCCAAAUAUGGGUCCAGCUAUGUAGUUCAGACGUUGGGUAGUCCACAGAGUACAAGACUAGCAACAAAUUACUCGUCACAGUUAGGACCAUAUUUCAAUGAAGAGAUUAAAAAGACUUCAGUUCAAUUCCAAAUCGAGUUACCCAAUCAGGAAAGAGACUUCAUUGCAGGUAAAAAGAACGGAAAGCUAGUAAAAAUUGCCAACACUUCGUCUGUUUCGGUACAAUUACUUCCAUUUACUGAUCAUAACUUCCUGGUUGAACUGUCGGGAGAAACACUUGGAGAUGCCGUUUUGGGACUAGAGUUAUUGGAAGAAGAAAUGCCUAAAUCAAUCACGUUCAAUGUUCCGGAAUCGUUCCAUCGCCAGAUCAUUGGUGUCGGAGGGCAGACGGUUCAGACAAUUAUGAGGAAGUACAACGUGUUCAUCAAGUUCUCAAACUCGUUUGAAAUGGGAGAUAAGCCGUUGGACAGGCAACACGCUGGUCAAGCUGCCAACUUCAGACAGGGAUUCAUUAGAAAGAAGAACGUCAUAAUCAAAUGUCCUGCUAAAAACAGAACUCAAAUUCCCUUGGCUCGACUAGAACUUGAGAGAUUGGUAGAAAAGGUUGCACAUAACAACUAUAAGUGCUGCGUGGUGUCAUUUAACUCAUCUCAAUGGGUUUUACUGACAGGAGAGAAGUUGAAUGACCUGUUCAAUAAGAACAAAAAGAAACCUACCAACUUCAUCACAGAGUUGGAAAAACAUACCAACACCUACAUCAAGUUUCCAGGACCAGACUGUGAGCGUCCAACUGCAAAGUCUGUCAUAGUAAGCAUCUAUGGCUCGGAGAGUAGUCCUCGAAUUGCUUGUAAUGAGCUCAAGAAAUUGCUACCUUACUGCUAUGAAGUGAGAUUACGCAAAUCAGUCAAAUUUGAUAGACUAGAGGCUGUCACAAGCAAUGUGGCCGAACUAGUUGAUGGUUCUCGUCCAUUGGAUAAGGUCCAACAGGAGUUUCUCAAUAAUGUGGUGGUACCAUUUCGGAUGCUAUUCAGUUCGGAGCUUUUCCUUAUGAGCAGUAAAGAUGAACAGUACGAUUCCAUCUUUAUCAACUACUAUCCAAUGACAUUUGGCUACCAAUUUACCAGUAUGAGAGCUGAAAGAUUGUCUACUGAAGGCCAGAGUCAGAUUAUACAAUCCGACAGUUUCCAGCAGCUGCUUUCAUCCUUGAAACAGUUCCUCAAAGACUGUCGCUUUGAAAUCAUAGAGGAACAGAUUAAACAGGUCAACUUGAUCUUUGAAUCACACGAGAGACAAGGAAAGGAAAACCUUUCCAAAGAUUUGCAGGGAAAGCAACCUCAUUUGCAGCAGAAGCAGCAUAACAGACACGGCAACCAAGACCGCAACGCACGCAAUCAGCCAAACGACAAUAUUGGCAGAACUGAGGACGUUUCCAGUCCCCUAGGUCUAGCUAGUCUGUCCAUGCCGAACGGUGCAUACGGUGGUGCGGCCACGUACCAUUAUCAGACCAAUAUGAUGGAUGGUAACCCAUACCUUCAGCAAGGUCCUAUUCAACCGCAACAACCACAGGAUAACGCAGGAGCCUUCAAGUAUCCCAGAUAUCGGAACGCCAACUGGGAGUGA